AUGAUCGGAGUCGGACAACGAGCCUCGACUUUGAGCCAGAGCUCCGGAACCAAAAAUGGCCCCGGCAGCAGACCGACUAGCAAAGACGGGAAGAAGAACCUGUGGUCCUCGAUGUUAGAUGGAGUUGCGAGUGGGAAGAGGUUACCGGAAAAGACUCUCCUAGUGCUAGGAGGUACCCCAGAAAGCCAACGGGAGUUUUUAGAUACUCUGUCAUCUGAUCCGUCUGAUCCAAGGCUGCCGUCGGAGAAAAAGAAAGGAAAAGCUCCCCCCAUUGCGAACCAAUUCGCGCUUGGAUACACAUAUCGGGAUGUCCUCGAUGCCGACCAAGAAGAUAUCCUCUCCCGAGUAUCUAUCUAUCUCCUCUCCGAACCCUCUCCAGCUUUUGCGCCGCUUCUAAAACCGCUCCUAAACCCGAAGUCUGUCCGGGAGACCUUGAUUGUGAUCCUUCUAGAUUGGGAGUCACCAUGGCUGUGGGUACGGCAAUUAAGAGAGUGGAUUCGUUUGCUAAGAUCGGUGUUGUUCUCUCUUGAUGAUGAUACCAAAUUGGUCAUGGAAGAGAUCAUGAUGGAGUGGAAAGGACAGAGGAGAGGCACGGACUCCACAUACCCAGCAGGUUCCAGUGCUCCAGUGUCGAUACCUUUGGGACCGGGUGAAUGGGAUGAAGGGCUGGGAAUCCCAAUGUGUGUUGUCUGUCAAGGAGCCGAGAAAAUUGAAAAGCUAGAAAAGGAUCAUGGUUGGCGGGAAGAGGAGUUCGAUUUUAUCCUGCAGUUUAUGCGUACAAUUCUUCUUAAGCACGGAUCGUCUCUGAUAUACACUACACCUUUCCUCGCCAACUCGCUGCAAAGCUUGAUACACUCGUCGCUUGGGAUCCAUUCGCUUCUUAAGAGACAGUCGUUUAAACAUAACGUCAUUGAUAGGGACAAGAUUCUAGUUCCAUCCAACUGGGAUUCAUGGGGUAAGAUUCGCAUAAUUAGAGAAGGUUUUGACAUGGAGGGCGUAGGAACUGCAUGGUCUAUUGAAAUCCAGGAAUCUGCGGGCUCAGGAGACGAACCUGCUGAGAGAGAGCCAAACCCGGAGGACGGCACGAGUGCGGUGGCUAUAUACGAGCAAACAAUCCAAGAUCCCAAACGGGACACCGCCAUCUCGAGGACGAAUCAAUCUGAUGAUCACAAAAUGGAAGUCGACACGGUCGAUUCCCAAACAUUUUUAGGGGAACAGCUUGAGGUACUCGAACAAUUGAAAGCUGAAGAUGAGAAACAGGAGCGCCAGGUGCGAAAAGAAGGAACGCUUAGGGAGAGCCCUGUGAUUGAUGAGACUGGACGAGUCAAUGAGCACAUUGGACCAGUACAGUUUAACAUGGGUGGUAUUCAAGUCGAUGCCGAUGACAUGCUGAGGAGACUAAAGGAACGGGAAGCCAGCCGAGCGUCGAACCGCAGGGAGACUCAGUCCGGGGGGGAAUCACCGCUCGCAGGAUCCGUUGGCUCAUCACCCGUGGCUUCAACCGGGGAACCAAAGAUGCAAAAUCAGGCUUUGGCCAGCUUUUUCGCAGGCCUGGUUAAAAAGCCGGGCGGUAGCCCUCGAUCAAACCAGACAUGAUACUUGAUGUCGAGAUAAAGGCAAUUCACAAUGGUUGGAGUGUUUCCUCCUUCGUUUAUUGGCGGGACAUGUUGUUUGUUGCAGCUCCUUUAGUCUUUUCUUUUUUAACCCGGCAUCCAUAUCCAGCUUUCAUUCCUCGCUUGAUUUGGUGGACUGCCCUCCUGAUAUCGGCUUGGUAGAUACAGUGAGUCUUCUAUACCCCGUUUUCCAUGGUUUUCUCUCAAGCUAUAAGCUAUAAUUAUAUCAGUGCACUUUUGUAAGCCGAAUGCGAUGUUGCAUAUGUCUACAUCCAGCGAGCCGCUGCUAUAUUUUGUAUCCUAUUGUGCGGAGGACAUAAACUACGGCAGAGUAAGGAGAUAAAAAUUGAACAGGUGUCAUGUACUCAAUUUCUGGAAUUUCUUGAGCAGUAAAUACUG